GCUAGUUGCCGUAACUUUCUGCGGACUGCGGGGUCUUCUGCAAUGGUGGGGUCUGGGGAGGAGGGGUUGCGAGCUCCAGGUCCUGGCGACGUAUAAACAUCGCCCUGAGCCGCCACAUUUCUUGCGAAACAGCUUCGACGAACCAUCAUUCCAACAACCCAAAGCAGUACGGCCGUUGGAUAAAAAUCCAAGAAAACCACCAUCGAUCCUUACAUACCCAACCCCGCCAAUCAGCCAACAUGGUGAACCAAAAGCUGCAAGAGACGGUGCAAAAGAACCUCGACAGCGUCACGAGCGACGAGUCGACGGGCGUCGCCGGCCUGGUCUUCGUCGCCGUCGACUGCCAAGGCAACGAGCUGUGCGCCGUCCCGUCCGGCAAAAAGGGCGCCGCGGCCGGCCGCGCGCCCAUGGACAUGGACACCGUCUUCUGGAUCGCCAGCUGCACCAAGCUGCUCGCCACCAUGGCGUGCAUGCAGGCUGUCGAGCAGGGCAAGCUGAAGCUCGACGACGCCCAGUUUGUCUACCAGCAUGCGCCGGAGCUGAAGAAUGUCAAGGUGUUGGAUGAGGGGGGCAGGUUGGUUGAUAAGCAGCAUGAGAUUACGCUGAGGAUGUUGUUGUCUCAUACUAGUGGGUUUGGUUACGAGUUCUUCAACCCCCGUCUUCGAGACUUCGGCCGUCCUUGCGGCUACGAUGUCUUCCAUGCGGACGAGCGCGAUGUUCUUCGCAUGCCGCUGGUCAACCAACCGGGCACCGUCUGGGAGUAUGGCGUUGGCAUUGACUGGGCCGGCAUCGUGCUCGAACGCGCGACCGGCGUCCGCCUGAACGACUGGAUCCAGCAACACAUCACGCACCCCCUCGGCCUGCACAACAUCAACAUGCUCCCCACGGACGACAUGAAGAAGAACCUCGCCUACAUGCACCAAAAGUGGCCGGGCCAGACGACCUCGUCGGAGCGCGACCACAUGUACCGCGAGCCCAUCGUCGCCGAGACGCACCGCGAGAAGCAGCACAUCUUCCACAGCGGCGGGGCGGGCUGCUUCGCCAAGCCCAACGAGUACGUGCAGGUGCUCGCCACGCUGCUGAACGACGGCAAGAGCCCCAAGACGGGCGCGCAGAUUCUGAAGCCCGAGACGGUCGAGGAGAUGUGGAAGAACCAGAUCCCCGACCAGCCUAACUUUGCGCGACAGGGCAUUGGCGCCGCCAAGCCGGAGGCGACGAAUGCUUUGCCUGAGAUGUAUCCUCAGGAAGGCAACCCACCUCAAGGCUGGGGCUUGAGCUUCUUCCUCACCAUCGAGCCCGGAGCGACGGGUCGCGGCAGGAACACGGCGUGGUGGGCGGGUAUCGCCAACCUGUUCUGGUGGUGCGAUCGCGAGAAGGGCGUUGCGGGCAUGAUUGCCAGCCAGGUGAUGCCUUUUGGCGACGGGCACGUGCUGGGCCAAUGGAUCCACAACGAGGCGGCCGUGUACCAGGCGCUGCAGUCGACUUAGGUGGAUGUCCCUCCUUUGUUUGUCUGGCGGUUGGUGGGAGUUUGAAUGCUGUGAGUACAAAA